AUGACCUUGCUGAAAAGGCUUAAUGUCCCCAAGCACUCCCCCCUCAAGAAUGCCGAUGUCCUUCCUCUGCCAUUCCCCCCAACUCCAAGCCAACCCGCCGACGACUACUCUGAGUCCGAGGAGGAGGUUAUGGUGAGGAAGUCAAAAGGCGUUGCUGGGUCCAAGUCUUUUCCUCAAAAUGAGCAAGUCCUAGACUUGACUCAAGAUGAGGAGGUUGAGGAGGUCCCUAAAAAAGCUACCCCUGAGCAGGCAUCUUUGGACGUGCCUCUCGCCGACAAGAGUCUUGAUCAGUCCCUUCAAGAGAUUGAUGUUGAGCUUGCGGCCGAGAAGAGGAGGCGAGAAACAGAGGCGAGAGUCGUCGCAGGCAGCUCGUCGUCGUCGCUGGCAGCAGCUCGUCGUCGUCGCUGGCAGCAGCUCGUCGUCGUCGCUGGCAGCAGCUCGUCGUCGUCGCUGGCAGCAGCUCGUCGUCGUCGCUGGCAGCAGCUCGUCGUCGUCGCUGGCAGCAGCUCGUCGUCGUCGCUGGCAGCAGCUCGUCGUCGUCGCUGGCAGCAGCUCGUCGUCGUCGCUGGCAGCAGCUCGUCGUCGUCGCUGGCAGCAGCUCGUCGUCGUCGCUGGCAGCAGCUCGUCGUCGUCGCUGGCAGCAGCUCGUCGUCGUCGCUGGCAGCAGCUCGUCGUCGUCGCUGGCAGCAGCUCGUCGUCGUCGCUGGCAGCAGCUCGUCGUCGUCGCUGGCAGCAGCUCGUCGUCGUCGCUGGCAGCAGCUCGUCGUCGUCGCUGGCAGCAGCUCGUCGUCGUCGCUGGCAGCAGCUCGUCGUCGUCGCUGGCAGCAGCUCGUCGUCGUCGCUGGCAGCAGCUCGUCGUCGUCGCUGGCAGCAGCUCGUCGUCGUCGCUGGCAGCAGCUCGUCGUCGUCGCUGGCAGCAGCUCGUCGUCGUCGCUGGCAGCAGCUCGUCGUCGUCGCUGGCAGCAGCUCGUCGUCGUCGCUGGCAGCAGCUCGUCGUCGUCGCUGGCAGCAGCUCGUCGUCGUCGCUGGCAGCAGCUCGUCGUCGUCGCUGGCAGCAGCUCGUCGUCGUCGCUGGCAGCAGCUCGUCGUCGUCGCUGGCAGCAGCUCGUCGUCGUCGCUGGCAGCAGCUCGUCGUCGUCGCUGGCAGCAGCUCGUCGUCGUCGCUGGCAGCAGCUCGUCGUCGUCGCUGGCAGCAGCUCGUCGUCGUCGCUGGCAGCAGCUCGUCGUCGUCGCUGGCAGCAGCUCGUCGUCGUCGCUGGCAGCAGCUCGUCGUCACAGGCAGCUCGUCGCUGGCAGCAGCUCGUCGUCACAGGCAGCUCGUCGUCGCAGACAUCUAGACGUGCUAGAGCUCAUGGUAGUCCUCGUCGGAGAGGCCAGAACAUUCCAACCUAA